AUGAAUGGUAUAUUAAACUUAAAGACAGAUAAAUUAGGGAGUUCCUCAAGUAAAGCUAAAUCAGAAUCAGUUUCUCUAAAGAUACCAACUUCGUCUCCAGCUCAGCAAGGCAAAACUAACGUUCCUACAAUACGCAUUAGUGCACCUACAAAUACGCAACAUCCAUUAAAUCAAAGUUUAACAUCCACUUGA